AAAUUAUCUUGCGAGUCCUAGUAUCAGGAUCAGGGAUUAGAGUUUGUUGACAGUUGACUGGAGAAUCAAGUGAUUGAUGAUGCUGGAUAGUUGAUGUUGAAAUUGACACGUCUUAAUUGUUUAAAAGUUCAUUAUUACUAGACCAACUAGUGAUUUAAUUGUUUUAGAUAGUUUUAUUGUAUUGUUUGUUAAUUUAAAGUUUUGAUAAUGGUUAAAACACAACGAAUGAAAGUUGCCAAUGAAAAGGCAUCUAAAAAUGUGACUCUCCGAGGAAAUGUUCCUAAAACAACUAAAAAUGCAGAUGAUAAAUAUCCAGUCGGACCAUGGUUAUUAGCUCUCUUCAUCUUCGUCGUCUGUGGAUCUGCUAUUUUCCAAAUAAUUCAAUCCAUUCGAUAUGGAUUCUAAUCAAACAGAUGCUAUGUGUUAACAUAACAACAAAAAAUCAACUUUUCUUCAUGCCCUCCUUUUUCUUUAGUUAAAUAAAUUUAUUAUUUUUCCAAGAAUUUGAAGAUUUGGACUUUCUUGUUGAGAUCUAAUGAGAAACUUUUUCUCAAAUAAUCUCUUGAUUAACAGAGUGAUUACCCAUUUCAAAAUCAUCGGCAGAUUUCAAGAGCUGUUUCAGAGCUGUCUACAAGAAAAGAUUAUAUCAAGAAAUGAAGGAAUCAACUAGAAAUUAUCAAGAGUGGCAAGUUUCCUGCUUUCAUUUUUGCUGAUGAAAGCCUGGCUUUGAUUUAAUUUGUCUCUCUUAGUCAGUUACAACAUCAUUUUAUAGACUAACUCGGAGGCUGCCAAUCAUCCAAGGAAUCAAUCUCAUGUCAUCACAAUGCUAUAGUAUAAAACUCUUGGUUGUUUACUGAUACAAACAAUAUAUUCAAUUUUAACAGACAAAAAUGAACAAAAGUGCUCGUUUAGUUGUUCAGUAGUAUAAUCUGCUUGAAGAUUCGUCGUCAAUGUUUGCAAGCUUACAACUAAUCAAAUCAACUUUACAAAUGCUGUUUAAUUACUGAAUUAUAGUUACAAUCACUUAAUUUGUUACCAAACCGAUUCAAUUCAAACGGUAGAUUUGAACAGCUUGUAACAAACACCAGAAAGGGUAAAAGAUGUACAUGCAAAAUGAUUGUAAAGCUGAUGCAGGGAUAUUUGCCACGAAAAAGCGGCCCUCGUCAAGUUGAAAAUAUCUUAAUAUUUGAGAUUCAAUCAUCACCAAUCAAAUAAAAUGGAAAGCAGGAACAAAAGUGACAAAUUAUAUAAUCUUAAGCUUAAUUGUAGGCGUAAAAGUCAAUUAAAUCGACUGCUAUAUAUGCUAUUCUCUAUCCUCCAUCAUCCCUAGCACAAAUAUUCAAAUAAAAGGGUUAAUAGAAAAGGUUAAAUAUAAUAGAUUUUAAAGUGAUAGACUUCAAUUGAUAAGACUCAACGGAAGACCCGAAAUAGUAGCGUAACUACUCUUUGAAUCUAAAUUAGUCUUAUAAUCGCACUAAUCUAUUUUAACAAAUACCUUUUUCCCCCAAUUUGUCUGAAAAAAGAGAAGAAAAAAGUAAAGAAAACGUCAAUAUCGACAGUCCAUUUUGGAUUCCAAUUCUUAACCAAUGGCACCCAAUGCCGGCUACAAGGAGAUUAAUGUUGUCCAUCGAGCUUCAGCUGUAAACAACAAUAACAAUAAAAAUGGUUCUUCAAAGAAAGAUGUUCAACUUAAUGGUGACCGUAAGCAGCGACCAUCGAAUAACAAAAAGACCAAAUCAAAAUCAACCUCAUCAUGGAAACCAUCAAACAGUACAUUAAUGACUUUGUUUUCAUUCAUCUUCUUCGUAUCUGGUCUAAUCUUUUAUUACAUCCCGAUUGAAAAGCUAAUCAAAGCCAAACCAAUUGCUUCAGAUAAAGAGGAUUUCAAAUGGAUGGUCACAACUGAUCAACAUGUUGGUCCCAAUGUCUUUCUUCAUGAUGUCCCAUGUCAUCGACCAGGCUAUCGAAGGGAAAGAGCAGCUGGAGCUGAGCCACAACGUUGUGGUACAUUGAUCUAUGAUGAAUUGGUUUCAUUGGAAGAAGCCGCUCGAUUAAGACAAAUGGCAGCCAAAUUGGUUUAUGAGAUUGGGGAGACUAAUCCUUAUAGUCGAGAAUCAAUCAAUCUUCAUUGGGUUAAUCUUCAUACUGUGUUCAAGCGAGGUUACAAAGAAAAGGUUUUCAAUGAAACGGAUUUCAAAUUGGUCAAGAAAGCAUCAGAAAGAGCAAAGACUGUAAUUGCUGAAACCUUUGGAAUACCAAGAAACUCUUUACACUUCACAACGGUUGCACAGUUCACUCGAUACCGACCAAUGACUCGUUACUCCCAGUUCCGUCAUGUCGACAAGGUCCGAGUUCAAUCUUUGAUUGUUACAUCCAUCCUCUGGCUAUCAACAUAUGACUACGAUUUCGGCGGUGGAACCACUUCCUUCUUGACUGCACCUGACUCUCCACCUUAUACACCUUAUAUUGUUCAGCCAAAAAUUAAUAGAUUUGCUGCUUGGACUUCAGGAUGGGAAAAUCCUCAUGAAGUAAUGCAAUUACUUUGGGGAGAAAGAUUAGCUUUAAUCUUCGCAUUUACAGUCAAUCCAAACUUGGGCGAAAAAAACAUGGAGGCUUUAAGAACUUGGGCUCAAGCAUUACCAGACAACCCUUUCUAUGGCUGAUCAUAAAGUGCAACAACUCAAAAUAUUCAACUAAUAAUCAUCUUCACCAUCUUGACAUAUUACCCAUCAAAUAGAUUUGAUUAUGGAGGGUACAUCACUUGAAGCCCGACUAUCAGAACGGUGAUUCUCUGGAAAACAAGUAACAUCAAAACAAUAAAUCAUUCUCAUUUACACCUUCCAUCUCUUGUUAAUACUAUUAACAUCACUUUAUAUUGUAAAAUAAUUUAUUAAUGACAAUGGUCAAAACCAAAUGUUUAUUUCAUAGUCUUGUCAUCACUUGUUUUACCAAAAUGUUUAAAGAAAGAUAAGAAAUAAAUGAAAAAUACUCUUUUCUCUUC